AUGAACCAGAAUGGCGACGCAGUUUGGUGCGCAGGCAACUCUGCCAACUUCUGCUACAACGUUAAGCGUCAGGGUACUGAUAUUCCCGUCUCCGACACAUGUGACGCUGAUUGCUGCGAUACGAAGACCGGCUGGGGUAUUGGAUGCCCCAAAUAA